AUGGAGUCCGACAUCGCACAUGAUCUCGACAAGCUCAACAUUAGCGAUAUUCUCAACGCAGACUCACGACCUACGUUUAUCAUUGAUCUUGAUCCUGAUGAUGAGACACCACUGCGCUCAAAGGCUAUUCAGCCUGUGUUUUGCAACAGUGCGCUUGCCACGCAUGAACGACUCUUAGAUGCCGUGCGCGGUGAGCAGAGCGAGAGUGAGUAUGGGGAGUUCAAGACUUGGGCUACAGGGAUUACAAAGCAGGAUGAUUCGAAGGAUGUGUUUCCAUUGUUCUUUCUGUACAAGGGCUUGCUUUGGACGGGGUCGACUGUUGCGAAGAGAUGGAGAUUGAUUAGUGGGAAUCGACUUUGGCAGCACCCUGAUACGCCGGCGAGUUUAUCAUCGGCUGCGCUCUCAAGAGCGAGUACGCCGCGCCUCAAGGAUCAGAAUACGCCAAAGGCAGAGGUUUCGAAAUCGCCAAAGCAAGACGAGGCGAAGGAGGCCCAGCAAACUCCGAGCGAAGAUACAACGCAGGAAAUGACGCCCACGGAAGCAACAUUGAUAGCGUCUACGCCCCGGAAAUUCCCAUUCAGAUCUUGGUGGCGAGGCAGUACCUCAAAGGGAAGUUCGGAUCGUAACACGGGUAGUUCGAGCAGCGGCUCCAUCAUCCUAGGUAAACCCGAAAAGGCCGUCGCAGACUGGACGGUCACGAACCCCAAAGGUCUCUCAUCACCCUAUAUCCGCCUCCUCCGCGCCAUAGACUGGUCCUCAACACCCCUAGGCCCGAUGUCCUCCUGGUCCCCCGAACUACGCCAAGUAGCCAAUCUCGUGGUCAACAACCCCCACCCCGCGAAUAUCUUCUGGGGAAGCGAUAUGACGAUGCUCUACAACGAAGCGUACGCACUUCGCUUCGCGGGGAACAAGCAUCCGUCUAUGCUAGGGACUGGAGCGUCGGGGCCUUGGUCGGAGGCUUGGGAAGUUCUUGGGUCAGCGCUGCAAGAGGUUGUGCGGACGGGUGUUAGUUUCAGGAGUGAUAAUGAUGAUCUGGCAUUGUACAGGAGGGGCUUCUUGGAAGAGACGCAUAUUUGCUGGUCGCUUACGCCGUUGUAUGGCGGGACGGAGAGGAUUGUUGGGUUUUAUAAUGCGCCGUUUGAGACGACGGACUUGGUCUUGAGUCAGCGACGUAUGGGGACUAUUAAUAAGGUCAGCGAGUCGUUGAGGAAAGCAUCGAGUAUCAAGAGUUUCUGGAAGUCUGUUCUUGAUGGCCUUGAGGAUAACCAUCGAGAUGUCCCGUUUGCACUUCUGUACUCUGUCGGCGAGGCUGAAGAAGCAGAUCAUCAGUCUAGUUCGUCGGGGAGCACGAUAUCAAGCAAAUCGUGUUAUUUGGAGGGGACGAUUGGGAUACCGCUUGGACAUGCUGCUGCGCCGGAGCAGAUCGAUCUCAAGAGGAGUUAUCAAGGCUUUGUGCCUUCGUUUCGAGAGGCGAUGCGGACGAGGGAGCCUACGCUUGUGAGGAUUCGGGAUGGCACGUUGCCUGAGGACUUAUUGCAUGGGAUUCAGUGGCGAGGAUUUGGCGAGGCCGGUACGGAGGCGAUAAUCUUUCCGGUUCGACCUACAAAUGGCGAGACGGUUCUGGCGUUCCUCGUGCUGGGCGUCAACCCCCGAAGACCUUAUGAUGAGGGGUACAUUUCCUUCGCAACACUUCUCAACAACCAACUCGCUACUUCACUCGCAUCAACCAUUCUUUUCGAAGACGAGACCCGACGCGGCCGCGACGCAGCAGAAGCAGCAGCUCUAGAAAAAGAGGAACUCAGACAACAAAUAAUUCUCCAAGCAAGUCGUCUUCGACGAAUGACAGAGCUAUCGCCUCUGGGUAUGUUUCUCACCAGUCCAGAGGGUAUCCUCCGCGAAGCAAAUGAUCGCUUCUACGAAAUGACGGGUCAUAGUCGAGAUACUCAGGGUGAUGUGUCCUGGGCUGAUCUCAUGAAGAACUCGAGCGGUGUAAUGGAAGAAGGAUGGCAUCGGCUAACGAAGGAUAUGCUCCCUUGGUCAGGAGAAGUUAAACUCCGAGAAAGUUUUGAAAACUCCGUUAACAUCCACGGUGAAUCUAUCGACUUUUGGGUUCUCGUCACAGCCCAUCCUGAAAUCACCGCCGGCGGAACUUUGCGGUCCAUCAUGGGUUCAAUAACGGAUAUAUCUCAUCUCAAAUGGGCACAAGGUUUACAGAACCGAAGAUUGCAAGAAGCAGAAGAAACGCGACGCCAACAGAACGAAUUCAUCGACAUAACAUCCCACGAGAUGCGCAACCCCCUGAGUGCAAUUCUCCAAUGCGCAGACGACAUCACCUCAGCGAUGCAAGCAUGUCGCACCAACGGAAUCGCAGCUUCACGAGAAGUCAUCGAGUCAUGCCUCGAUGCAUCGCAAACGAUAGCGCUUUGCGUCCAGCACCAAAAGUCAAUCGUAGACGAUAUCCUCACCAUUUCAAAACUUGACUCUAACCUGCUCUUGAUAACGCCUUUGGUGUGUCAGCCGCAAGCCAUCGUUGAGAGGGUGGUCAAGAUGUUUGAGUCAGAGAUGCUAGCGAAGGAUAUCACGCUUGAGAUUGACAUCAGUUCUGAGUUUGAGGAGUUAUCUGUUGAUUGGGUUGCCAUGGAUCCGAGUCGCGUUCUCCAGAUCCUUAUUAAUCUCAUGACCAACGCUAUCAAAUUUACUGCGUCUUCGACAACGCGGGUGAUUAAGGUCGCGGUGGGAGUGUCCAAAGAGCCUCCACAGAUCGACAACAUUCCUGGCUUUGCGUUUGCGCCUACCAGAGGUGAAAUCGGGAGUGUUGUUGGAUCUGAUGAAUGGGGUUCUGGAGAAGGUCUAUACGUAAGGUAUCGAGUGCAGGAUACAGGCUGUGGAUUGACGGAUGAUGAGAGAAAGUUGCUGUUUCAAAGAUUCAAGCAGGCUAGUCCACGAACGCACUACAAAUAUGGCGGUAGUGGCCUCGGACUGUUUAUAUCGAAACGGCUGGCAGAGCUACAUGGCGGUCGAAUCGGCGUUGCGUCAACGGCCGGCAAAGGCAGCGACUUUGGUUUCUACAUCCAAGCUCGACGAUGUUUACCUCCCAACGAGCAAAGCUCCCCCCAACCAAUCCUCUCCGAAAUACCCUCUACCAAAAAGACAGUCCACCUCCUAUCCCCCAACCCCUCCGCCCGAACCCGCCGCGAGAGCAUCCUCGCCGCCGUCUUCACGCCCAACUCCCUAACAAUCCACAUCGUCGAAGACAACCUCAUCAACCAAAAAGUGCUAGUAAACCAGCUGCGCAAAGCAGGCUGCACAGUAAGCGCCACGAACGACGGGCUUGAAGCUCUAGAAUUCUUAAAAAAGACACAUUUCUUCAAAGCUGGGGGAUCAGACUUGUCGGUUAUCCUGAUGGACUUGGAGAUGCCGAACAUGAAUGGGUAUCAGUGUGUUAGGGAGAUUAGGAGGUUGGAGAGGGAGGGGAUGAUAGCGGAGCAUGUUCCUGUCAUUGCGGUCACGGCGAAUGUGAGGGAUGAGCAGAUUAGGAUGGCGUUGGAUAGUGGUAUGGAUGAUCUUGUUUCGAAGCCGUUUAGGAUCCCGGAGGUUAUGAGUAAUUGGGUUGGAGUACGGGUUCUUCAGGGUUAG